GGACAUUUAAUGGGGAAAAAGAGCACUGGAGAUUUUCCUUAUGUUUAUGAAGAAGAAAACAAGACACCGUUUUCAGCAUUACCUGAAAAUAUCAAGCAGCUGGAAGGCUAUCUGCAGUGGGAAGAAAUCUCAAAAUACUUGCUACGGCUGCUGGAAGGGAAUGAAAAUAAAAGCGCUCACUUUUUAAAAGGAGGGCUUCCCUGGUAUAGCAGGAACACCUGGGAGACAGAUGACAAUAGCAGUUGGAAAGAUAUGAUGGACUAUCUGCUUCAAGUUGUGAAUAGGAAAGAGAGCACUCCAAGCUGAAAGGUCUCUAAAUCACGAAGAAAUGGAAUACUUUCUGUAAGAGACUAUAUUUCACAAGCACUUGAUUGUGUCAGAUAAUCAACACGGUCUCUUUUCUGUAAACAAGAUUUCCUUUGUGUAAAAUAUCUAAAUACACAUAUUCUUCUAUGUUUCAGCAAUGACUAAACUCUCUACUUCAUUUUCAAGGUUGCAUUUCCUCACUUAAAUGGCUUUGAUAUAUAUAAUUGUCACGGAAGGGUCUUCCAAUUAAUUAUAUGACUUACCUGUCUAAUCAGUUCAUCUCUUACUUUGAAACUACAUGACAUUUCAACAUUCACAAUAAAUAGUACCAAUAAAAAGGC